UAUUGUUUUGAUAGUAGCGACAGAUGAAUAUAGUGAUGUAAUUAAGUUUAAGUAUACUAAUCAAUAAUUUGGUGUCACGUAUUAUGUAACGUGAUAAACAUUGAAACAUUCUGCUAAUAGCGAAGUAGUGGCGAAGUACGUCGGCACACGUACAGCAGGAUAUUAUAUUAGACUUGUGUUCCAUGUAUCAGUUAAAGGACGCAAGCGUGGCCUAUAUUUGCUAUAACUGAAUUCAGAAAACAUUCGUUAUGCAAGGAGAAACAAGAUUGCUAAAAAUAUUUACUAUGAAUUGCUGGGGAAUACCACUGGUAUCCAAGAAUCGGCAUGAAAGAAUUACUGCCCUGGCAGAUCACUUAGCAACAUGUGACUAUGACUUUGUGUGCCUACAGGAACUAUGGUCAGAAUAUGAUUACCACUUUAUUAAGGAAAAAACUGUUGACUCCUUACCAUAUUCACAUUACUUCCACAGUGGUGUGCUGGGCUCCGGUCUCUGUGUUCUUUCACGAUUUCCAAUAGAAGACGUUUUUUUCCACCAGUGGCCUAUGAAUGGAUAUAUGCACAAAUUGCAGCAUGGAGACUGGUUUGGUGGUAAAGGUAUUGGUGUAUGCCGUAUCCAACUGGAAGAUGUUUAUGUGAAUGUGUAUACUGCUCAUCUGCAUGCGGAGUACAAUCCAUCAAAUGAUGAGUACUUGGCACACCGUGUACUUCAAGCACUGGAUGCAGCACAGUUUGUACGGCUAACAGCAGCAGGCUCCGAUGUGGCUAUCUUGGGUGGUGACCUUAAUGCACUGCCUGGUGACCUUGCCCAAAGAAUUAUUUGCUUAUAUGCAGAAUUAGAAGACAGUUGCUGUGUGGCUCAUCCAACGGAGACCCACAAAAAUUUUGGUACAAAUGAAACAGCAGCCAACAGCUAUACUGGUAAAAGAGUAGCAAGGGAGCAACCUGAGGGUAAAAGAAUAGAUUACAUAAUGUUUCGAACGUCAUCAAGAGUGAAGGUUGAACGUGUUCAGUACAAGCAUCCAUUACCGGAUCGUGUUCCACAACACAGUUUCAGUUACUCUGAUCAUGAUGCAGUCCUAGCAACACUGGAGCUAUCUGUCAUGUCUCCUGAAGCUCAACCACAAAUCGAUGAACCAAAGCCGGAUCCAAUACCCGCUCUGACUGAGGGAGUAGCAGUUUGUGGCAGCGCACUUCGCCAGCUUCGAAGAUCCCGCCGCAUUUACUGGGUGUUUUCUGUGCUGUUCUUCGUCGUAGUUGUGUGUGCAACAGUAUUUGAUGCGCCAGAAGCUUAUGACAAGAUACUCGAUGUGGUUAUUGCUGUGGCUUCUAUUUUGUUUUGUUUUACACUCUUUAUGUGUUCUUUGUGGAACCCAAUAGAAGUUAAUGCAAUACGAGCUGGAAAGUUAGCAAUGGAAGUGACAUUAGCUGCUGCAGAACUGCGUCUGGCAGGCUUUGUGGCUCAGAUGGAGGCUGCAGGGGCUGAGCAUAGAGAAAGAAGACAAAAUAGCAAACAGACUAGACAAUCACUUACAUCUGAAGUUGAUGAGGGUGAGAAUAGCAUGACUAAUCAGUCAGAUGUCCUUAGUAACAGAAGCAGUAGACAAAGCAAAUGUUUAUUGCUGUCAGAAAGCAAAAAGGACACCGAUAUGGGUUCUAGGCAGUUACUGCUCUCAGAAUCAAUGGAUAUAGUAGAAAACCACACAGGACAGCCACUUUUGCAAGAGACAAGGCAUAAUUCACAAGGGGAACAUAGGCAGUCAGUACUUAUUCCAAAUUUUUCAUUUCUUCAUAAGUGUUGGUUCAGGGCAGAUUCAAAAUCAUAGUAUGUUACCAGUUGCAGAGAAGUUAUAACUGCUCGCCCCUGCAGCUCAGAAGAAUGAGUCUCGAGAAGCCAUCCUGAUAAAUAAAGUAAGAAUUCCAGAGUUUAUUCAGAUGUGUGUGCUAAUCCAUACUGCCACUUGAUUAAAAGUCUGCAACAGCUUGUGUUUGUGGUGUAGUUAAUUUUUAUAGUUUGUGUAUGUGGUUAACUUAGCAUUUAUUAUCUUUUUUAGGAGGACCAAGCCGUGUAAUAUUUCUCUACAAAUUUGUAGUUCUUCCAUUUGUAAACACUUUUUGUUAAGAAAAUCUUCUGUGUUUAUGCUUUCCAGUGUUGCAUUUGAACCAUUUUGUGCACAUGAGUGUGCGUCAAAUACAAUGUGUAAGGUUGUGAUAUCUGCUGCUCACCUGUAUCUCAGACCAUCCACCUCUGUUUGUAAUUAAUUAUCAAUACUUUUAGAACAAGAAGGAAACCAUCACUCUGGCAAUCAAAGAGAUUGUUCUGUGUGUGUGUGUGUGUGUGUGUGUGUGUGUGUGUGUGUGUGUGUGUGCGCGCGCGCGCCUGUGCGCGUGUGUGUAGGCUUUCAUUUUUAGUCCAAGUACUAGCCCCCCCUCCCCUCUUUCUGAGGAGAACAAAACUAGCUGAAGGUUAAGUUCUCUCACAGGCAUUUUUCUUAUUUGAUACUGUUGAAUAUGUCUGUAUUCUGUUGAUCACAAAUAGAAUAAAACUGGAGCAUUCCUUGUGGUGCGCAAAUAACUACUAACAUUUUCCUUACAGUUGUACUACAGCUUGCUUUCAUCUUUCAUCUGUUGUGAUGAACAUUUCUAAAUAGGUAGAAUGAAUCAGUAGGUCAAGUUUAACAUUUGUAUGUUUUAAUUGGAUUUCUUUAAUAGUUUUUAUAAAAGGGACUAGCUAUCUUAAUCCCUGUUAUCUGGUGGUGGUAGAAUUUUUGUUUGUUUUGGGACUCUCACAAUUUGUAUCAACAAUUUUUUUCUAUAUAGUUUUUGGCAAACAUAAAAAAGGCAUAACAUUUGUUACAAAGUGUUCCUCUCAAUAUGAGAAGCAUACAUAGUUUUCUUGUAACUAUAUUGUACACGGUAUUACAUGGAUUAAUAUGAUUUUUGAAGAUUCAUAUCAGUAAUAUGGAUGCUGUCAUGACCAUAUUGUUUAUGAGAAGUUACUGUUCAGCCGUCCAUUAAAAAUAUCUGUGGAGCAGCAGUAUAUAAAUAAUUGUUGAAUAUCUGUUAAACAUAGUUUUUGUUGUGCUGCUGUACAAGAAUUUUUCAGUUAUUAAAAUGUAUCAGUAGACUCUGUCUUUUAUAACAAAGAAAGGUAAUUUUAACAUAUUUUUAUAGUGAUGAUGUGAAUAACACUAUUAUUUCAGUACCUGUCAUUUGCAGCUGACUGAUAAUAGGUAGCUCAAAUUAUGUUACCCUGUCUCUUCCUAGGUUUAGAAUCUUAUUCACUUAACAUUCCUAUCCAUGUAUGUAAUAUGGUUCUCACUCAGUGGUCUAAAAUUGAAAAUAGUUUCUCAAUUGUAGCUACAUUGGGUGUUAUUACUUCCAUUUAUUGCAACUUGCAGCAUAAAAUUCGUGAGGGGAAAUGUAUGAUGUAGUACCCCCAGUAUUGUACACUAUGCAAUAAAUAGUGUGACUCAUUACCAAGAUGUACACUAAUUUUCAAUCAGUAGUUGCUGACUAUGACUGUGGACUAAACAUGAAACAGUUACCAACACAGGCCUCAAUUUAGAUUUGCUGUUUUUAGUGUAGUAUACAUUAUUAUUUUACUGUGUUUUUGUAUUAUUUAUUUAUUUAUUUAUUUAAAUCACAAGAUAACCAACAACAAAUGAAUGUUCCUGGCUGUAUCUAGUAUUGUGACUACAGCAUGUAGAAGCACAUUCUGUGAUAAAGCUAAAGUGAAUACUGUCUAUUGGUUUCUAUUUAAAAAAUAUGGACUGUGUGCAUAUUUAAUGACAGCAAAUAAUUGUGAUAAAAUUAAUCCAAAUUGCCCCAUAAUAGUAUAUUCAUUGGCAUGUGAUUCUGCUUAUAAUUUAGAACUUUUUCAGUAAAUAAUUAUUUGAAGGAAAGUGCUCAAUGUUAAGACAACUGUAAUAUGUUGUAAGAAGUAUCUGAAAUUUUACAUCUAUUUUAUUCAUACCUUACAGUGACUUUUAAAAACAUUAAUAACUCAGUGUGUGAGUGGCUGAUAUAUUUGCUUAAACACACAUGCUGUAUGAAUUUAAAUUCUUGACUUCCAUGAACACCACGCCAUUAUGGAGACUGCUGUAAAACAUGGGUACCCGCAAGCAAUGCAAUGCAACCUGUUUUGACCCAUCAUUUCACUAGAAGUGAAAAAACUUGCUAAGUUUCAGAGAAUGUAAGUGGAAGUGCAGUAAGAGAGAGAAAGGGAUUUUAGUAGUAGGAGAUGAAUAUUAGAAAUUUUACUUUGUUGUCUUCAUCAUGAAACUAUCUGCUAUUUCAUAUGAAAUGGUUGUACUCCAGCUUUUGUAUUCUCAAGUAAUAUUUUGUUGUGUAAAGACAUAAAAUGCUGAAACAUGCAUGUAAAUCUGUAUUAUGGGUAAUUGAACUUAGUAAUUUCAUGUUAUAAGAUCUGAAAUGUCUCAUGUCAAACAGUGGAAAAUCCAGGAUGGAAUAAUGACAAUAUCAUGAAAAGGACUGUCUCAUAUUUCGUUUAUUGCUGGAUCUUUUUUAUUGUGUAUCAAUUAAGGUUAAAUGCAGUUUUUAGGGGUUUUUGUGGAUAUAUAUAUAUA